AUGAACUUCUUAACAAAGACGUUGGGGACUCUCACAGGAACAGCUAUUCCAUACACUUUUGGAGAUGUCGUUGCCAAAUCAAACAGUGAUGAUCCAUCAUCCAAUUCCUUAUGGACAAUUUACGAUGGUAUUUCGGAUAAAGAUUCAAUGCCAGUAACCAUCCAUGCAUUUGAUCUGAAGAAUCCACAUAACUCUAAAUUUAUUCCCAACGCUAAAAAUGCAGCUAAAAAACAUAGGGCAUUGUCUUUGUUACCAGGAGUGUUGACUGUUGUUGAAGUGAUUGAAAAUGAUCGCACAAUCUAUCUGAUCACCGAACAUGCAACUCCAAUAUCGAAAACUUUAGCAAGAUUCACUAAUGACUCUAAAAUCUGGGGUAUAUACCAGCUUUCCAACGCAUUAAAAUUCAUUAAUAUUGAAGGUUCAUGUGUGCAUGGUAAUAUAAGACUUAACAAUGUAUACAUUACAGAUUCCGGCGAAUGGAAGAUCGGUGGGUUUGAAUUUGCUUGUAAUUAUAAAGAUGAUACAAUGGAUUAUUUGACCUUAUAUUCAAAUUACAAUGCUCUUGUUGCUUCCAAGCAUAUGAUCAUUCCGCCUGAAUUUGAAAGCAAUGGUGUAGAAUGUUUUAGGCAACAGCUAAGUGGCAUCAAAGGGUGUAAGUUUGAUGCGUUUCUACUAGGAGCUACCAUUUACCAGAUUUAUGAAAUGCGGCAGCCUAUACUUGGCGAUUUAUCAAGGUCUGCAAACUUUCAUGGUUUUCCCUUGAACAAGUUAUGUGCUCCGAGUAUUGGAUUAAGAAUUACAAGCGAACAGUUUCUCAAUAACGGAGCACAGACUUAUUUUGACAAUAGCGAUAUUGAUGCAUACUCUAGGAUUUCUCAAAUCACGCUGCUAGAUGUUGCCGAGAAGAUGGAAAUCUUCAAAGCCUUAGUAUUUGGUAAUAUUCCUAAUCAAUUUCUAGAAAAUAAAGUUAUGCCACAGAUUGUGGAUACAUUUAAUAGGUUAUCAGACAAUCAGGAGAAUAUCCAAACAAUGUUAAUAUAUCUUUUAUUUAAGAUUUACGAAAAGUCUGAAAAAGAGAGUAGAUCGUUCGAGCUAUUCUUCAAACCUGUCUAUUUCAAAAGUUUCACUUUUGGCGACCGUGCAAUAAGAACUAUGCUUUUGAAAAUAUUACCUCAAGUUGUGAAUAGGUUUACACAAUAUGAGGUUCAGAAUAACAUAUAUCCCAACUUAGUGACGGGUUUCCAAGAUACAGAUAUCACGGUUCGUACCGAGACGUUGCUAUCUAUUUCUUAUAUCAUGGACAAAAUUACAGAAAGGCAAUUGAACAAUGAUUUACUGCGUUAUUUGGCUAGAUUGCAAUCCGAUUCAGAUGCCAGGUUAAGAGCUAAUACGGUUAUUUGCUUAAAUAAAAUCUCUGAAAACAUGAAUAGUAAUACCCGUAUUGGAGUUUUAGUUACAGCUUUUGGCAAAGCGUUGAGGGAUUCCGAUUACGUGACAAGAUUAUGUGCGGUUCGGGGGUUCAGGGAGAGUAUCGAAUAUUUUAGCGCAGAAGUAUGUUGCUCAAAAGUACUAUCUUCUCUAUCCCCUGCAUUAUUGGAUAAAUCAUCGGUUAUACGUGAAGAGGCAGAAGAGACUUUUGAGAUGUACAUGACGAAAAUCAGAAACGAGUCGGCAAAAUUGGAGACAAGUGACGAGGAUCAACAUAUCAGAGACGAUGUUAAAGAUCUAAACAACCUACUUGAAAGUUUAUCGCUUGAUGCCAUGGGCGAGACUCUAGUAGGCUCGAUUUCUGGCCUCAACACGCCAAGAAGCACCCCGUUCCCGGAAUCAAGUAUGAAUAAGAAUAACUUUAGUAAAUCCACACUACCCUCUUUUGAAAACCUGGUGGAUGACGAUUUAGAUUUUGACGACGAUGGCUGGGGGGCGAUGGAGGAUAACGAGGACGAAAAACUUGAAACUACACAUAAACAAGAACCUGCUAGGAUAGAACUUACCAAGAAAGAACCUGCUAGGAAAGAACCUAUUAAGAAAGAACCUGUUAGAAAGCCCAUAAAGAGGUCGUUGACUUUGGGUAAGACCAAGCCAGCCCCACUCAAGUUUAACCUAACUGCGCAGCCAUCUCAAAACAACAAUCACGAUGAUGAUGGAUGGGGUGAUGGCUGGUAA